UUUAAUGAUUUUAUUCGGAAUUUUCUACUGCUCGCAAGGCACAAUGUCUUCGGAUAGACGAUCGACGAGCCACCUUAAUAGACACAAAUCUUCGGCAUUGGCGGGAAAAAAGAUGGAGGAGAGUUCAGACGACCUCGAAGCGAAAAAAAAGAAAUUUUAUGAGCACAUUCAAGAUGCAAAGCUGAAAAUAAAAGAAGGUCUCUACAAUGAAGCACUUGCCUCUUAUAAAAAAGCAGAAUCUAUUCAUUCUUCUGAAAAAUUACAGCAUAAAAUCACAAAACUAACUAAAUUUUUAGAGGAAUUGGAACUUGAUGACAGUGACUCUGAAGAUGUUGGCAAUCACUAUGAAAAUGUAGAUGGCUUCAAGAUAUAUAAGGAAUGCUGGGAUAAGCUUUAUCCUUAUCAGAAAGAUGGAGUCAGAUGGUUUUGGAACCUCUAUACUGAAAAGAAAGGAGGAAUUUUAGGAGAUGAUAUGGGGCUUGGUAAAACAAUCCAAGUGAUUGCAUUUAUGAGUGGUAUGUUUGAUCAAGGUCUUGUUAAGUAUGCAUUGAUAGUUGUCCCGAAGUCUCUGCUGACAAAUUGGAUCAAUGAGUUUGGAAAAUGGUCACCAGGCAUUCGGCUAGCAGAAUUUCAUGGAACAAAGGCAAAGCGUGAAAAAGAACUAGACAAAAUACAAAGGAAAAGUGGUGUCAUUUUGACUACAUAUGGGACCCUGAGCACAAGUCAUGAGCAGCUUGCAGAGUUCCAUAACCAAAGGUUUAUUUGGGAUUAUAUAAUUCUUGACGAAGGCCACAAAAUCAAGAACCCCAACAAGACAUCAAAAUGUGUUCGUUCUAUUCCAGUAAAGAAUCGUAUUAUUUUGACAGGAACACCAAUCCAGAAUAAUUUAUCGGAACUCUGGUCGCUAAUGGACUUUGUAACAGAUGGAAGGUUGCUUGGGACACUCAAGACAUUCAAGACAGAAUUUGAAAAUCCCAUUGUCAGGGCUAGGGAGCGUGAUGCAUCUACCUACGAAAAGCGAGUUGGCGACGAAAUCUCAGAAACGUUGCGACAAAUGAUUGCAAAGCAUAUAUUGAGAAGACGAAAAGCUGAUGUAUUCAAAGCUCAGGAUGAAAGCACUGAGGUCGAUGGGGUUGAAGAUUCCACCUCGAAUGAUUCAUCCAAGGAGUCAGUUAGCAAAAUGGAUGUCAAGCUUUCGAAGAAAAACGACUUAAUUGUAUGGUUAUAUCUCUCUGAUAUUCAGCUGAAAAUUUACAAGCAGUUCUUGCAGCUGGACUAUAUUGUCGAGGCGAUGCACAGCACGAGAUCUCCACUGGCACAGCUAACGAUGUUGAAGAAGAUAUCAGACCACCCAAGAUUGCUCUCAAAUGCUGUUUGCGAGGCUCUUGGUUUCAGUGAAGACACAGGUGAGUGUGAAGACAUUCUUGUCGAAGAAUCUUCAAAACUUCAGUUCGUGUUAGAGCUUGUGAACAGCUUUGUCAAAGAAGGUCAUCGUGCUCUGAUAUUCAGUCAAUCUCGUAAGAUGUUGGAUAUUGUGGACAAGGUUCUCUCGAAACAGGGUGUCAAAUUGCUCAGAUUCGACGGUAGGAUACUGGACCCAGCUGAACGGCAAUCAUUGAUUGAAAAGUACCAAAACGAUACCAGCUACACUUGCUUCCUGCUCACGACUCAGGUUGGUGCAGUAGGGCUGAACCUUACAGCGGCGGACAGAGUGAUAAUCUUUGAUCCAAGUUGGAACCCAGGGAAUGAUGCCCAGGCAGUUGACAGAGCUUAUCGAAUUGGGCAGAACAAGGAUGUGAUCAUUUACCGGUUAAUAACGUGCGGGACAAUUGAGGAGAAAAUCUAUAGAAAACAGAUCUUCAAGGAUGCCUUGUCAAAGCAGACGACAGGAACAUGCAAGAACCCACUGAGGUACUUCGCAAGACACCAACUUCGUGAGCUAUUUAUUCUAGGGGAUACGACGUUUUCUGAGACGCACGGUAUUUUGAGAGAACUGAGUGGUGAAAUGAAAUGGGAUCCAUCGGUGGAAAGUCAUUUGGGCUUUUUGAAAUCACUAAAUAUCUUUGGUGUGAGCAACCACAGUUCGGUUUACGCAAAGGAGGAAAGGAAUGUAGAGGAAGAAGUAAAUGUAAGGGGGAUGGAAUUCGAUAUGCAGGUGGUAGAAAGGGCAAAAAGAGCCCAAGACCUAGUCAUGUCUGAAGUGAAUCUAUGCGAUAGAAUAUCUCAUCUUUCAAUCAACGAAUCAUUCAAGCCAACUGAUAUUAGAAGAUACCUGCCAACUUUAUCAAAAGAUGAAAAGAAGAAGCAAAGAAAGCGAAGCUCCGGAACAGAAGUAGUGAGCGUGGUAGUACCCGAUUCACCAACUGCAUCACACAACUUUGGUUCACCCGAUGGAGAACAGCCAAGAAAUCAUGUUGGAAAUGUUAUCGAAAUUGAAGAUUCCUUCACAGAAGGAUCGGAAAGCCCUCAAAAAUCCGACAAUAACAGUAGCGACCAUCUGGUCGAAGAUUCUCCAACUGGAACAUCAGAAGGGUCUGGCGAGGACGAGAAGACUGGUGUCAUUAGCCCUGUAGAAUUGUUGCCUUUGAAUGGCAGUAGCCAUGACCAUAUUGGGAUAUCACCAGUUAAAAAAGAAAUUUUCAUUGAAGAUUCUGACGAAGAAAGGCCUGCAAAUGUUCUUGUCUCCAAACAGCAUUCUCCAGAACGCGGUACCGACUCGAAUUGCUGUUCAUCUGCGAAUUACUCAGUGCAAGAUUCGUUUGAUGAUAAAACAUGCCCUGCAGUGAGUCAAAUGAGGUCAAUUUCUACCAACGAAUAUUUGCCUAAUGGGGACUUGCAAGCUAGCACAGGAGAAGAUUCUCUAUCGCACGACGAAAAGGAAAGUCUCUGUUCCAAGAAUUCCGUAAACGUUGACGCCAGCAGCGCAUCUUAUGUUGAUAUGGUUGAUGACAUGUGUAGUCCAAUCAGCAAUGUUUCUUUACAUCAAGAACCAAUCAGCACAUCGCUGAACGCUGCUGUUGAUAAGUCGGUUUUCACUCCGGAUUCUGUAAUGCCAAUCACUAAUGCAGUCGCAGCCUCAAGUACUGUGGCCUCUACCCCAAAAUCGGCCAUAGCAAGAGACUCCUUUUCUGCCGUUAAGGAUUCUCCGCGUAAAGAUCUUCGACGGUCGGCUGCAGCACUUAUUUACGGUCUCACCAAAACCUACGACAACACUGCGAAUUCUCCAACUGAGGUCUCUGUAGAAGUUGUAGACAUGGCUUGUAGUCCAUUGCGUGUCGAGGAAAAUGAAAAUAAUUUUCUCAAGGAGCCCGCUAAUGGUUCAAGUGUGAACCUGCAAACAUUAUCUGCAAAUUCAUCUGCCUAUGGGAAUGACCAGAGAGUGAGCUUUGGUCUCCACGAAGUAGUCAGGCAUUAUGAUAUCAACGCCCAGCAGUGUUCGACACCGCACCAGGAAAAGCCUGUACCUCCGAUAGAUGUAAACGUGGAUAGGCGACGGACCUUUAACUGGAGUGCAAUGGCCAACUUGCAGAUCACAGAGAAGUCAUUAGAGUCAGAUGGCUUCUCAAACGAUGCAGAGUCCGAGUCAAUGUUUUCGAAUUCUGCUAACAAGCUAGAGAACCAAUCCCAACCGGCAUCGACUGAUUUGGGGAAUUCGGCAACUGGGAUGUGCACUUCAUCUCAAUAUGCUACGUCACAAUCACUGUUUUCCGAACUGACCGCUGAUGGAUCAAAAGACAAAUCUGCGCAGAAUUCUCAGCGCAGAUCAAAAUCAAUGCAGGGUGAAAUGGCAGACUUGCCAGAAAAUCCAUAUGAUGACGACAUUCAAGAAGCUGAAACGAUAUUGAUCACCCCAAGAGACAAUGAUAAUAGUAUGCCGGAUUUAAGUAUGGGAGAAUAUACAAGUGACAGGAACACCAUUAGAACUGGUAAUUUCCCAAACGGUAGCUCGCACAGUGGUAAAGAUGCCAAGUCUUUGAAUGGCUCAUAUCGACACAAUGAUGAAAGUAAUGAAAGUUGUGAAUUCACGGUUAAGGGUGAGACCUCGACAAGUCUUGCAAAUCAAACGAACGGUGAUGAUUUGUCCAGCAAUGAGGAGACUGGCGAUUAUGAUGAUUGUAAUGAUGAUGACUCAGUUUCUUCAAAUGAGUUGCAGAUGAUUAGCCUUUUAUCAGGCAAUCGAUCAAUCAAUCGCGAACAAGCAAUCAGCGACCAUGAAUAUCCAGAUGAUUUUGAUUCAGAAAGCGAUUCUAGUGAUUCUGACGACGAGGUUUUGUUGCACUCAAGACGCAGUCUGAGAAAGAGCAUUUUGGGCAAAGGUACGUCACUGAUUGCUAGUGACCAUUCUCCAAUGGCAGUGAAAGAAAGCCCAAUAUUGCACCACUCAGAUGGAUCAAUUGACUCACAGUCAGAGGAAAGGGCCAGCAUCAACGAAGAACCCGUUCAGGCGGACCAAAGUCAAGGCAGCUACCUAUCUGAGCAAGAGGUAGCAACCCAGCCUUGCAAUCAGGACGCGGCCACCCCUCCAUUGUACGUCUGGGACAAACCAUUCUACCGGAGAUGUCCUGGUAAUACAUCAAAGAAUUGCCUCUUAGAUGAAGGUGAAGGUUCUCAGUCGGCUGGAAAUGUGCUGGAAGUCUCGCGGCAGUCCAUAACAGACGAAGUCAGCGCUCAAGAAUCAACUGAACCUUGCCCCUGUCGCAGACAUGUGCCAAGUGACGUGAAAAUUCGACGAUGUUUCUGUGUUCUCAGUUCACAAGAACGUGUUGAAUACAUGAAUCACGUGAAAGAGGCAAAAAGACAAGAGCACCUUGGGAACGAAACAAAUGCCUUACUAGCCUUUUUGAAGGCCUUGGACAUUGCAGAUCACGAUUUGAUGAUGCAGAGAACAGCGUGUUUAUUGCUAAAGAAACUUCAGCUCUAAGUGUUCAAUAACAAUCUAGCUUUGAAUUAGAGGAAAGGGGUGGGUUAGCUACCAAAUGCUUGACUAGGAUAAUUUGCUACAAAAUUUUUCAUUACGGGGUAACUGAAUUUGUUCUAUUGAGCUACUUUAGCUUUUUUAUCUAAUACGGAUAGAUUUUCUGACAGUGGUUUUAUAAGAGAGAUAUUUGGGGCUUCAGUUGCUGAUGUAGAAACAGUACCAGCACUCCAUUUAAAGGAGGACAGGGUGGGACGGUGUAAGUUGCGGAGGAGUGGGGUAGCUGUUCGUGCGGUCAGACAGUUCAUCAAUAAUACCACAAUGAUCACUAUAUUCAAAGAAUAGGAAUAAUCUCCAAAUGAGUUAUUUUUACUUCUCUGUCCACUAAACAUUUGCAAUAGUUGUAGCCGCCCUCCCCCGAUCCGCAAUUUGCUUUCGGGUCCGAGUUGACAGCAGCAAUAAAAUGAAAAUAUAACCAUUAUUUGUUUUACCAUCUUUCAAUCGUUAUUCUUCUCCCCCGCAUCUCUUCACGCUUCUCCUCCGCACCUCCUAUGGAUCACCCUGAAAACCAGGUUAAGGUCAGGUUGAGUGUGCCUUGACAAUUUGGUUAUAUAAAUAGACAUUACCAAACAUAAAUAACAAAGUUUCAUUGUCCUGUAAAUAAAAUUGUUCACGGAAGGAAUUUUGUCAGUCAUCUACAUUCAUAUGCUAUUAUUUCAAGUUUUUGAAACUGAAAUAUCAGAAUCGAAACGGGAAAACUGUCUUCCCUGUUUCACUUUUUGAAAAAUGGUUUCGGAUAGUGAGUUCCGUGUUUGCGCCCUAUAUACUAAAGCUACUUUAUAUUCUUUCUGCUUAAAUGAUUGGGUUUUCUUGACUACUGUAUGCCCAAAAUACCGCAGAGACUAUAAUCUGGGGAUUAUAAGAAGUAUAUAUACAACAUAUAAUUUUUAGUUUAUCAUUUUAUACCCCCCCCCCUCCUUCUAGACAACUGGAACUGGUUUCCCAUAUCAAGUCCUUGAUUCGUCGAGUGGUGCUCUUGAUCGUUAUAUCAUGUGUAUAUCUAUUUUAAAUGACUUAUUGUGACUUGGCAAAUAAUUUUUAUUUUGAAUUGCGCAUAUUGAAACAGC